AUGAAGUUCACCAGCGCCAUCGUCGCCUUCGGACUCGUUGCCAGCGUCUCUGCCACCUGCAGGAUGAGCGCAAACAGCGAGGACCCCAACUGCUGCUGGGGCGGCAAGGCCGGCAUUGAUGCGUGCUUCCGUCAAUCCAAGAGUCAGACCUGCCGCGACGCUGCCGAGCGCAAGAACUUCUGUAUCAACCGUAAUAUUCCGACUAGCAAAUGCGACGCCGAUUGCUGCGACACCAGGACCGGCUGGGGCAAGCCUUGCCCGAAGGGAAAGAACUCGUGCGAGGACCCUACCAACUGCCCUUAUUAA